GGUAGACCUAUGGUGACUCUGUGAAUGAGACCUUAGAAAAUGUUUAUUGUCGGGCUGGCUAGACGAUGUUUUGGGGUGAAAUAGCAUACUUGAUUCCUAAUUCAAUAGACACGGAAGAUGAAGAAACACAGAUGGUUUUCGCGAAAGGAAAACGAUGGAAGCGCUUGCGUGUAAUAAUCAACCCGACCUUCUCCUCCCUUAAAAUGAAACAAAUGGCGCCACUGAUCCAGGAGUCGGUGAACAGUUUCAUAGAGUCGAUGGAGAAGCGUUGCCAGGAAGAAAAACCGUUCGAUAUCCACGGUGACUUCCAAGGCCUCACUACGGAAGUCAUCGCUUCGUGUGGCUUUGGUCUCGAGAUUAACUCAGUGCGAGAUAACACGUCACCAUUUCUGGCAGCAUGUCGUAAAGUGUUCAGCACGUCACUGGUGAUGAUGUGGCCAAUGUUUAUUUCCGAUCUUUUCCCAUCGUUGACCGGUCUAGCCAAGGUGUGGAACAAAUAUCUGAUGAGAAAGACGAGACAUGACAUAAAUGUACUUGCCAGCGCUGCCAUACAGUCCAGAUUUAAUGAUCCAAAAUCUCGACGCGUGGAUCUCCUACAGCUUAUGUUGGACGCCAAAACUGACAAUCUGGACUCGACUGUACCCCAGGCGAUGACGGACAGUGACGUAAUAUCAACACAACAGGGAGGGGAAACGGGUCAGCAGAACGACUCUUCGUCAUCUCAAAGAAGAGUUACACAAAAGGCCAAACUCACAGAAAAGGAGAUCCAAACGCAGUGCUCGUCGUUUCUGUUGGCUGGAUAUGAAACCACCAGCACCGCCCUGGCCUACGCCGCCUACCACCUAGCAACGAGUCCAGAGGCACAGAAAGCUCUCCAGGAGGAGGUAGACCAAUACUGCAUUGGAGAGGGUCCUCCAUCGUAUGAUACCAUAAGUAAGAUGCAGUAUUUGGACAUGUUCCUCAAGGAAUCGCUACGACUACACCCUGUCGCUCCAGUUGGGCCAGGGAGAACAGCCCAAGAAUCCAGCACAGUGAUGGGUGUUCACAUUCCCAAAGGUAUGAGUGUCCGCUGUAACAUAUACAGUAUCCACAUGGAUCCCGAGCACUGGGGACCCCCAGACCCCAGCGUCUUCUGUCCUGAACGGUUCACGGCAGAGAGGAUUGCUAAGCGUCACCCUAUGGCCUGGCUCCCAUUUGGGGCAGGCCCCAGAAACUGCAUUGGUAUGAGGUUCGCCCUGAUGGAGGCCAAGAUGACCUUGGCGUGUCUCGUGAAGAAGUUCAGCGUUGAGAGCUGUUCAGAGACGCAGAUCCCACUGGUUCACGUAGCCAAGAGCACAGUGCAGCCGGAGAAAGGUGUCACCGUGCGUCUUACAAGGCGGAAUGUAGUGGUCAAUAAUACUGAAUAAUAGACAUUAACUGAACGUAUUCACAAAGUUCCAUAGCUUGUGUCAUAAUUGCCAAUGACUAAUCUAUCAGCAAGACUUAGCUCACAUACUUUUUCAAUUUAAUCAUCAUACUUUUUACAGAGAUAUUAUUUUACAAUACAAGUUUUAAAACAUAUAAUGGCCAGCGUAACGCAUGCUAUAGAUGAGAUGUCGAUAUUUAUAAUAUGUUGAUGGUCUGCGUAACGCCAGCUAUAGAUAUAUAAUACACCAAUCUACAGUGAUGAGUGUAACUAAUAUGCUUUCUUUUAAUCAUAUGAAAGUUGAUUUAUUGUAUUUCAUGUAUUGUAUAUUGGGAAUUUUUGUAUUUCAGGUAGUGUAUAUAUAUAAUUAUAGUAUUUUAUGUAAUGUUUGGAGAUAAUAAUCUGGAUAUGAACGUAUCAGACAUUCAUACUCAUACGAACGUCAAGGGAUUUGAGAGAAAUAUUGCAACUCGGUACAGGUUGUCAUCUCACGAACUGUCAGUGAAAAAAGGCCACUCCUCCUGUCCCCCUAUAGAAGAUCGGAAAUACAUCUGUGGUACCGGUGAAAUCCAAACAUUUUUGUGCUUUUAUUGUAUGACAAUCUGUAUACCCAAGGAAUAUCCUGCGUUAGAUUUUAGAGAGGCGGAACUACGCACGACGUGCGUCAUUAUAAAUAUGCUGUAAACUGUUUGUUUACCUAGCUUGUAG